GCUUUUUUACUCUACUAUUGUCUGUCGAACGAAUAGGUGGUCUUUUGAAGGUACUUGGAAAAAGGGGACAACGUUUGGUGUGCAUAUUUUGAAGCUUUUCCAUGGAACUCUUCAAAAAAGGAGGAGAUUGACUUUUAGUUUAUUUUUUCGUUUCUUGUGUUCUGAAAUAGUCUUAAAGGUCCUAACUCAAUUCCUUGAGCCAAAGGAAAGUUUUUAGUUUGUGAUUUUUGUUGUUUUAAUACUGCCACCCGUGCCGCCCGCCAACUACUAAGUGUUCCUAAAGAUGGGUUUCGAAGCAAUUGUGGAUGUCUUUUCGGAUAGCAGUGAUGUUAAGCUGGAAGAUCGAUUUGGAAUGAGCUCACCGACGUUUUUAAUAGCAAUUCUAUCAUUGUACUUGGUGGUUGUACUCAAAAUCGGACCCAGUUUUAUGAAAUCAAGACCUGCUUAUCAACUAAAAACUUACAUAAUAUGUUAUAAUAUUUUCCAAGUCGUAGCCUGUGUUUACUUAGUUUCUAAGAUAGUCACAUCCGAGCCACCGGCAUUAAGAUUUUGGAAAUGUGUGGUCGGCGAGCCUGGUAGUGUUCAGAGGAAACAUUUCGAUCAUCUUAGUAUUGUGACAUUUUGGCUCAAAGUAACUGAGCUAAGUGAAACACUAGUUUUUGUACUGAGAAAAAAGCAGAAUCAAGUUUCUUUCUUGCAUGUUUUUCAUCAUUGUUCGACAGUGUCUUUGGUUUACCAGUCAAAGUUUUAUUCAGCAAGUUCAGCACUCUUUCCGAUCUUCUUAAAUUCUAAUGUCCAUAUUGUGAUGUAUGUAUAUUAUUUGAUGGCAGCAGUUCUUCCACCUAAAAUUGUUGCAAAAUUAACACCUCUCAAAAAAGCUAUUACAACAAUACAAAUGAUACAAUUUGUUAUGAUUCUGGUACAAGUUAUUGUUGUUUUAUGUCUUGGAUGUUAUAUCCCUCCAAUGAUUCUUGCAAUGCAUGUUUUUAUUAUUUGUGCAUUUUUCUAUAUGUUUUAUGAUUUCUAUCAAAAAAGUUAUAAACAAAAAUUGGGAACAAACAAAAAGAAGAUGUUUGUAUCAAAUUAAAAAUAAAAAAAAAAAAAACAAAAACUGUAUUGCCAGUGGAUUGGAUAAAUUGUUAAGGUAUUAUAAAUACAUAUUUGUACAGAGUGAUGAAAUAAUAAUAAAACAAAAAUUAUAUUAGUUUGAA